UAGGGAUACGGUUGUGCAUACAGCUCUUUGUUACGCGCUACGGUUGAGCUGCCAGAGAACACGGACGCUAUUGUCGUUAAGUUCCCUUUUUCUCUUUUUCUCUUUUUUUUCCACCCUGGAAGAUGGCCUGGUUCCUAGUGCUUGUGCUUGUAAUUUGCAUCCUGUUGACAUGGAAAAUCCGAAAGACUUUUUCAUACUGGGACGGAACAGGAAUUCCACACAUGAGAUUCUGGCAAUAUGCGAAACAUGUCUACCAAACAUUCUCGAGGCCAGUUCAUGAAGUAUUCCUGGACAGCCGGAAGGAAUAUGGCCGUGUUUACGGAACGUAUCAAGACACGUAUCCAUGCUUAGUCGUUGGGGACCCGGAUCUGCUGCGGCACAUCUAUGUCAAGAACUUCUUAUCUUUCGCUGAUCGAACUGUACCGGGCGAAGUGGGAAAUCAGCUCUGGGACAGGAUGCUCAAUAUCCUACCAGCGGCAGAAUGGAGGGAAUUUAGAAAUAUAUUGACAACCUGUUUUACUUCUGCCCGUCUCAAAAUGAUGUUGCCAAAAAUUGCCCAUGUCGCCAAUAGGACAGGAGAUAUAUUUUUGGAGCUGGCAAAGCAAAAUGAAACAGCUAACGUCCAUGACAUUUCCCUGAAGUCAACUCUAGAUGUCAUUGCUGCCGUAGCAUUCAGUAUCGAGGCUGACAGCUACAGGAACCCAGAAAAUCCGCUCAGGAAAUACUACUACAAUGUAUUUUCGGGCGAUAAUGGAGGGAAGGUGCUGAUGUACUUCCGGAUGCCGGGGCUUUUCAAGCUUUUCCAGCUCCUGGGCCUCAGACUUGUUCCCGAGCGGUACUCGAAUAACUUUUGCGGUCUCAUGCAAAUGAUAAUUCGCGAGCGGAUGCAGGACAAGUUGAAGAUGGACGACCAACUCCAGAUUCUUUUGGAUGCAAUGGCACCGAACGACGAUAAGGAAAUCCAAAAUGCUGCUGGAAAACGCAUGAGCAUACACGAAGUGAUCUCGCAGUCACUGCUACUGCUCGCAGGCGGAAGUGAUACUACCGCGUGGGCACUCACGACUGUACUCUAUCUCUUGGCACUCAACGAAUCCUGUCAGGAGAAGCUCAUUGAAGAAAUUGAUCGUGUCAUAGGAAAGGACGAGGUGACAUAUGAUAAACUCCAAUCCGUGCACUAUCUCGAGGCUGUCAUCAACGAAGCCCUUCGUUUGAGUCGGGUCAACCCAUACCACUUUCGACAGUGCACGUCAGAGGCGAUUGUGAAUGGCAUUCAUUUCACACCUGGUAUGGCAGUCAUCAUCCCCAUAGACUGCAUCCAUAGGGACCCGGAAUUCUUUCCAGAACCCGAAGUCUUCGAGCCAGAAAGGUUCCUGCCCAGGAACAAAGACAAGAUUGGUCCUUUCACGUUCGCGCCGUUUGGGUUCGGGCCGCGCAACUGCUUCGGAAUGCGUCAGGCUAUGCUUCAUCUCAAGAUUUUCCUGGUUUGCAUCUUCCAGAAGGUGAAAUUCCAACGGUGCAUGGAAACUGUGGAGCAUGUAGCGUACAAGCCGAGGUCAUUUUUCCCGCAGUUGGCGUCUCCCAUCAUAUUACGGCCUGUCGCGCGCUAAUGAUCUGCCUAGUACACGUCUGCCAAGGCUCUCACAGCGUUGAGCCCGUGCUCCAUUCCAGACGUUGUCCAAGAAAUUCGACACGGUGGCGAGCCAGUACUACUUUGAUCGUCUGUAUGAACCACAGAAACGUGACGUGCUCGAAGACUCUCUGGUGCAUCCGAUUUCCAAUAAGUGUAACAGGUGUUUCUGGAAAACUUAUGCUAAAUGUAACAAUCGCAAAACGUAUUUUUUCGAAGUCACUGCUUAUAUACCCGGCUGAAGGCCUGGGGAGAUCUGCCCUUGUUUAACUGCAUAGUGCAGAAAUGUGUGCAGAAAUUGUUUGGUUUGGCAUAAGCAACCCAUGUUGAAAAUGUUCCCAUGCAAUUGAUGUGUGUAUAGCAAUAAAGAUGUAUCUGACUAUA